UUGAAGUCUAGGUCCGUUCCCAUAUUUGGAGGAUACAAAUGUGCACGCCAGAGCUCUCAGGAUGUGUGAUGGAAACAGCCUCUAAACAGAAAUAUCACACGUUGCUUUGUUUUGAGCCAAGAGUUCUGUGUUUAUCAGGGUAGCCUCCAACUGGAGUCUCCUGCCUCAGUCUCCCCAUGUGCUGAGAUUACGGGCCACCACACAGCUAGUGCCCAGCAAAUGAUGAGAGCAAACCAAAGGUCUGGACUCUGAGAAUGCCUGGGUGUCCCAGUGCAUACAUUCCAGCACUGUUGACCCUCGUCCCUCUGAAUCCUAAAGCCCCAAGCUUUUUCUUUCCCAGCGUCAGGAAUCCCAGGGCACGCCCCGCCUCUCCCAGGGAGUACAUCACAGCUUCUCUUCUAACAAAAUCCACCUUAAAAUUACUUUUAUUUAAUUAAUCUGUGUUUGCGUGUGAGUACGGUGCCCUCGGAAGUCAGAAAUGGGUCUCCAAUUGGAGCUAAAGGCGCCUGUGAGCAACCCAAUCCGGGGAACCGAACUCGGAUCCUUUAACAGAGCAAAGCAUUCGCAGCGCAUUCUCUUGACCCCCGAGUCUUCUCAUCUCCGUCUUAAGGAUAGGUCAGGCACUACUUCUUCCUCGUUCUCUCAGGCUAAGAGGCGGCCGGGACCCAGAUGCUCCAGACCCUAGAAUGAUCGGAGCACACGAGGCAAGCUGGCAAGCCUCGAGCCACUUCCGCUGACCCGGAAGGACCUGGAAGCGCCCGAAGGGCCGGAAGUGAUGGCAGCCGCGAUCUCUGCUUUCCUAGCAACCGUGCCGGCUUCUUAGCGACGCAGGUGGCUCCCGCAUCCCCGGUCCAGCCAUGCCGGUGCGGGUGAGCGAGUUCAGCUGGCAGCAGACGCCGGCCGCGGUCUUCCUGUCGCUGCCUCUGCGCGGCGUGUGCGUGCGCGACGCCGACGUGUUCUGCGGGGAAAGUUACCUCAAGGUCAACUUUUCUCCAUUUUUAUUUGAGGUGUUUCUCUAUGCUCCCAUAGAUGAUGGGAAUAGCAAAGCCAAGAUUGGGAAUGACAUGAUUCUCUUUACAUUGUAUAAAAAGGAACCAGUUAUGUGGGAGACCCUCUCGAUGCCAGAUAUUGACAAAGAGAUGAUGCAGAGAAUAAGAGAAAAAUCUAUUCUGCAAGCACAGGAGAAAGCAAAAGAGGCCACAGAAGCAAAAAGUGCUGCCAAGCGGGAAGAUCAGAGAUACACACUAGGUGUGAUGAUGAAGAUUGAGGAAGAAGAGAGAAAAAAAAUAGAAGAUAUGAAAGAAAAUGAACGGAAAAAAGCAACUAGAGAAUUGGAAGCCUGGAAAGAAUGUCAAAGACAAGCUGAAGAGCCAAAAAGAAUCCCAAGGAAAGAGAAAUGCCAACGGGGAAAGCAAGCUGAAGAGAAGGGAGCAAUAAAGCCCCCAAGUCUGCCCAGGAAGGUCCCACCUACUCGACUCCCUGGAAGAGGGAGAAACUGGGAAAACAUAUUUUCUGAGAAGUUAAAAGAAGACAGCAUUCCUGCUCCUCGAUCGGCUGGCAGCAUUCAAAUCAGCUUUACCCCUCGAGUAUUCCCCACAGCUCUUCGGGAAUCUCAAGUGGCAGAAGAGGAGGAGUGGCUGCAUAAACAAGCAGAGGCCCGAAGAGCCAUGAGCACUGAUCUUCCUGAAUUCUGUGACUUGAAGGAAGAAGAGAAGAAUCCAGACUGGCUGAAAGAAAAGGGGAACAAAUUGUUCGCAACAGAAAACUAUUUGGCAGCGGUUGAUGCAUAUAAUUUAGCCAUACGAUUAAACAGUAAGAUUCCAUUAUUGUAUUUGAAUCGAGCUGCUUGUCACCUGAAACUAAAAAACUUACACAAAGCCAUCGAGGACUCUUCGAAGGCACUAGAAUUAUUGACACCACCUGUUUCUGGCAAUGCCAAUGCAAGAAUGAAGGCACAUGUCCGACGAGGUACAGCAUUCUGUCAACUAGAAUUGUAUGUUGAAGGCUUGCAAGAUUAUGAAGCUGCACUUAAGAUCGACCCAGCCAACACAGUUGUACAGAACGAUGCGGAGAAGAUUCGGAAUAUAAUUCAAGGCACAGCACUGAAGUCUCAUGACUAGAGACAGCUAGAGAAAAUAACUUUGAAGGAGAGAUGGCUGCUGGAGAGAUGGCUCAUCGGUUAAGAAAACUGGCUGCUCCUCCAGAGGCCCUGAGUUCAAUCCUCAGAAACCAUAUGGUGGCUCACAACCAUUUCUAGUGAGAUCUAGU